AUAGCUUCAAAAUCUAACGACCAUUUUUCUUGAAUCGUUACGGAUAUGCAACGGUUUUCGAUUAGCGUCGUAUUUUAUCUUUUGAUUCUUCGACCCUUUGUUUACGGUCAACUCGAUUACCGGUUCUAUGAUUCCAAGUGUCCUAACUUGACCAAGAUCGUUAGGUUCGGUAUUUGGUCGGCUAUGGCCAACGAUACCAGGAUUGCUGCAUCGCUUCUUCGCUUGCAUUUCCAUGAUUGUAUUUCUAAUGGGUGCGAAGGGUCGGUGUUACUUGAUGCGAGCAGCAGUUUCCAAAGCGAGAAGGACGCGAAUCCUAAUCGAAACUCGGCUAGAGGGUUUGAGCUUAUCGAUACCAUUAAGGCGAACGUGGAGAAAGCGUGCCCAUCAACGGUUUCUUGUGCUGAUAUAUUGACACUCGCAGCUAGAGAAGCCGUUUUCCUUACGGGAGGACCGUAUUGGUCUCUAGCCAUGGGUCGUCGAGAUGGCCUAACAGCGAAUAUAACUGCGGCAAACACUGAUAUUCCAUCGCCUUUUGAGCCUCUAGAAAAUAUCACCGCAAAAUUCACUACAAAAGGUCUUAAUCUAAACGACGUCGUGGUACUGUCAGGUGCACACACGAUUGGAUUUGCGCAAUGCUUCACGUUCAAGCCAAGACUGUUCGACUUUCAUGGAUCAGGUGCUCCUGAUCCACAACUCGAUGCAUCUCUUGCAACCAGUUUGCAAGGCGUGUGUCCGAAUCAAGAUGAUUCGGAUACCAAUCUAGUCCCGCUGGAUGCGGUCACAACUACAAAGUUCGACAAUAUCUAUUUCAAAAGGCUCGUGAACAACUCAGGGAUUCUCGGUUCGGAUCAAGCCCUAAUGAGCGAUAAUAGAACCGCGCAAAUGGUUAUAAAUUAUAGCAAGUUUCCAUUCUUGUUUGCGAAAGAUUUUGGUGCAUCGAUGGCGAAGCUGAGCACCGUGGGAGUAAUUACGGGCCAAGACGGUCAAGUUAGAAACAAAUGUAACGUUGUAAACUAGAAAUCCCGGAACGUAUUAAUGAUUAUCGUAGAUUUGGUCUAGAACCCGUUAAUAUCUAUACGAAUAAAUUUUAUCGCAAAUAUUUGGGAUCGAG